CUCUUUCUCUUUCUCUCUUUCACAUCUGAUCGCCCUCGCUUCUCUCCCCCUCUCUGCCCACCCUCCUCGAUGGGCUGCACCCAAUCCCGGCUCGAACCGGACGAGGAGGUCCGCUCCAAUCUCCAGCCGCGGGCCCCCGGCCGCCGCCGUAUCCAGGACAUCCGCCUACGCCGGAGGCCGCGGGACCGCAAGGGUAGCUUGAUCUCCUCCGCCGAGCUCCUCCCGGAGAGCUCCGAGGCAGCGGACGACUUGCCCAUGCCGGCGCGGGGAACCACCGCUGGUCAUCCUGCCUCCAGCGCCCCGCUGCCAUCGUCCGCGGAGGGCAAGAAGAAGGCCGGAUUAGGGCCGCGGCUUGGAGAGGGAGGGAAAGGGAAUGACGGUGCGAAGGUGGAUGAAGGGGAAGAGGCGCCGGGAUCACCGAGCUUUAGGUUUUAUUUCGAUGAACCGUUGAUCGACCAAGACUCGGCCGUGACCGCAGGCGAGGGGAUAGACCAAGGGAAGAUUGAUGAGAAGAAAGAAGAUAGUUUGCAGCCAAGGGAUGAUACCAUCAAAUCCUCGAGUAUGAGCCAGGAACCUGAGAGCAAAUCAUCCAAGAAGGACAAAGGAAACAGAUUUAAGGCUUUGUCAAAGGGAUCCAGUGUUGUAUAUAAUCAGUUGAUGAAUCGAUGAGUAUGAAAGUCCAUCUUGUGUAGGACAGUCUCUACCAAAGCAACACUUGUAUAUUGUGCCUUGUAACAAAUGAAGUAGAGCACCUUGUUCUUAUGA